AUGGCAGAUGCUACCAUCAAUAAAGAGCUUCUUCAGGCAAUUUUGACGAUGACUACUGAACUCAAGGCACUCAAAGUAGAGAGACAAGGGCAUCAGGGCUCCAACGAAAUCACCAUCGAUAGCUUGGCAAGGUCAAUUACCUCAUUUACCCACAAUCCGGACAGCGGAUUGACUUUCGAGUCAUGGUACAAUCGCUAUCGGGACACAUUUCUGGAAGAUGGAAAGGGAUUGAGCGAGUCAGCUAGAGUCCGUUUGUUGCUCAGGCGUCUCGACGCUUCAGCAUAUGAGAAAUAUGCCAGCAAUGUCUUGCCCAAAAACCCAGCUGAAAUUUCUUUUGACGAUACUGUGAAGUAUUUGACAAAAUUCUUCGGCCGUGGUGAGUCACUCUUUUGCCAGCGAAGGAAAUGUCUUCAACUUGUGAAAAAUGACCUGGACGAUUACACUACACAUGCUGGAAUUGUCAACCGACACUGUGAGAAUUUUCUGUUGAGCUCCUGCUCUCCAGAUCAUUUCAAAGCCUUAAUCUUCGUGCUCAGCCUACAGAGCGAGAAAGAUGUUUACAUUCGUGAGCAGCUUCUGAGCAAACUCGAGACAGAACCCUCUGAGAAGAUCAAUCUCGAAUUUCUCACUGAUGAGGCGCGACGCCUGGCCAAUGUGAAGGUAGACUCACGCCAAGGAGUUACACAGGAGGUGAAAUUCGUCAAGAAGGAGCCCCCCAAAUCCAAAGGAAAGACGUCUGCUAACUCUGGUCAAAAAGGAAAGCCGCCUCGCCCGUGUUUUCUAUGUGGAGAAAUGCAUUAUUCACGUGACUGCCCCCACAAAAACACAGUUUGUUCUGAGUGUAAUGAAGUCGGACAUAAGACCACUUAUUGUCCACCAAAAAGGCCCACAGAGACGUCCAAGAAGAACAACACGAGCUAUAAGACCCAGAAAAAGAAGACUGGAAACGCAAACGCCAUCUUCUCUGUCAAUUCUGUUUCUGACCAGAUCAUGAGCAGGAAAUUUGUCACCCCUCGUGUCAAUGGAAUCCCAAUUGAGCUUCAGUACGACACUGCUGCUGACGUCACGAUCUUCACCAUUGAUACCUGGAAGAAACUGGGCAAGCCACAUUUAAAAACACCCGACAUUGGUUUGAAAGAUGCACAAACUAACCCGAUGAGAAUCUCAGGCGAGAUUUCCUGCAAGGUGUUUUUCCGAGGCGAAGAGAAGCAAUGUCGUGCAUUUGUUUCUGAAACCGCCCACUCAGAUUUAUUUGGAAUCGAAUGGAUCAACACAUUUGAGUUGUGGAAUGUAGCUCCAUCAGCAUUUUGCAAUUCAGUGAAGCAGAAAUUCGAUCCGGAAGCAGCUGUGAAGGAACUUCAAAGCUCUUUUCCCACUGUCUUCAACGAAGAGCUUGGCAUGUGCACCAAGUUUACCGCAAAUAUUCAUCUGAAGGUAGGUGCUACCCCAAUUUUUCGCCCGAAACGAGAAGUUGCUUUUCAUGCACGUGAGCUUGUCGAUGAGGAGCUUCAGAGACUCCAGGCUACCGGUGUCAUUUCUCCAGUGGAAUUUUCCCCCUGGGCUGCCCCUGUUUUAGCCGCUCGCAAGCCCAAUGGUCGAGUACGCAUUUGUGGAGACUACUCCACAGGUCUCAAUGAGGUAGUUGAACCCCAUAAUCACCCUAUUCCCGGCCCAGAUGAACUAUUUGCCAAAUUUGCCAACACCCGUGUUUUCUCACACAUCGAUCUGUCAGACGCGUAUUUACAAAUACCAGUAGAUGAGGAGUCAAGCCAAAUUCUGACAAUCCACACCACUCGCGGUUUGUUCAAAUUUCACAGACUCCCCCCAGGUAUUCGAUGUGCUCCUGGAAUUUUCCAAGAGUUGGUAGAAAAGAUGUUGGCCGGAAUUGAUAAUGUUAUUGUUUACUUCGAUGACAUUUGUGUGGCGACCAAUUCCGAAAAAGAAAACCUUUCAACAGUCAAAAAGGUUCUCCAGAGACUGCAAGAAUUCGGAUUUCACGUGAGGAUGGAAAAAUGCAAAUUUUUCUCUCCAACCAUCAAAUUCUUGGGAGUCAUCGUUGAUGAGACUGGAUUACGCGCCGAUCCAGAGAAGAUCUCCGCUAUUCGUGACAUGCCUGCACCAAAGAAUCUUCCAGAACUUCGAAGCUUUUUGGGAGCUAUUCAAUUUUGGGGAAAGUUUAUCAAGUCGAUGAGCGAUCUUCGUGCCCCAAUGGAUGCACUGCAAAAGAAAGGAGUAAGUUUUCAGUGGACUGCUGAAUGCCAAAAAUCUUUUGACAAAUUCAAGGAGAUUCUCUCAUCACCACUGCUCCUCACUCACUACGAUCCGAAGUUACCAAUUCUCGUGGCUGCUGACGCAUCUCAAAAUGCAAUUGGUGGUGUGGCUUAUCACCAAUACCCAGAUGGAUCGCUGAAAGCUUUUUACCACACCUCGAGAAAACUCACGGACACUGAGAAGCGAUAUUCUCAAAUAGAGAAAGAAGGACUUGCUCUCAUUCAUGCUGUGAAAAAGUUUCAUAGAUUUAUCUAUGGGAGAAAAUUCACACUGUACACGGAUCACAAGCCCUUGCUGAGUAUUUUCGGAUCUCAAAAAGGCAUUCCCGUGCAUACAGCCAACAGACUUCAACGUUGGGCAUUAGUUCUUCUCGGGUACCACUUUGACAUAAAGUAUACCUCGACGCAGAACUUUGGGCAUGCUGAUGUCUUAUCACGCUUGAUUGCUGAUCACCAGAAGCCAGACGAUGAGUACAUCAUUGCUGAAAUCAACCUCGAUGAACAGUUGGACUCCACAAUCAUCAAUUCAGUCGUUUCUCACUUGCCAGUGAGCCACAAGAUGAUUCGUUCAGCUACCGAGAAAUGCCCAAAUCUACAGCAAGUUAUCAAGUACAUUGUUGGAGGAUGGCCCAACUCUCCCAAAGCUAUCUCCUCCACUGAAGUGUCACGCUACUAUCAGAUUCGAGAUUCAUUGUCCGUGGUUGACAACUGUGUACUUUAUCGCGAGAGAAUUGUCAUUCCUGACCAGUACCGCAAGAAAAUCCUCAAUCAGCUUCACUCUGCUCAUCCAGGAAUCAACAAAAUGAAAUCGCUUGCCAGAAGCUACGUAUAUUGGCCUGGAUUGGAUGCUGACAUUCAGCAUCUUGUGAGUCAUUGUCAUGAUUGUGCGGCUGCUGCCAAGUCUCCCGUGAAGUCUCAGCUGUUCUCAUGGCCUCUUGCGACACGCCCAUGGCAACGUGUCCAUGUAGACUAUGCAGGACCUGUCAAUGGAAGUUACUAUCUUCUGGUUAUUGACGCACUGACAAAAUGGCCAGAGAUAUUCCGCACGAAGUCCACAACGUCGCAAGACACAAUCAAAAUUCUUCAAGAAAUUUUCUCAAGAUUUGGUUUGCCCGAAGUACUUGUCUCCGACAACGGAACACAGUUCACAAGCACCCAGUUCAGCGAAUUUUGCAAAUCUGGUGGCAUCAACCAUAUCAGGACGUGUGUGUACUCACCCAGUAGCAACGGCCAAGCUGAGAGAUUCGUUGACACUCUCAAGCGUGCGCUGCGGAAAAUGGACAAUGAAGACUCCGUGGAUGUUGCUCUCCAAAAGUUUCUCUCGACAUACCGAAACACUCCAAAUGACAACGUUCCCCAUGGAAAAUCUCCUGCCGAAAUUAUGUUUGGUAGACGACCUAGGACAAUUUUCGACCUUCUCGCAGCACCUGAACCUGUUUCUACUAGUCGAAAUGUCAAAAUGGAGGAGCAGUUUAACCUUAAACACGGUGCAAAGAGACGUGUUUUUGGGAGGAAGGAGGGAGUGUACGUAAAAAAAUAUUUUCCUGGAGGGAAAUUCAAAUGGAUCACAGGAGAGAUCAUCGAGCCCAAGGGACAUGUAAUCUACACUGUCCGUUUGCCAAAUGGAAGCAUCAUCCGUGCUCACAUCAAUCAAAUGAGACCUCGCCAUGAGAAUUCCCAAAACAGUUCUCACGACCAGUCUCAUCCCGACCAGAGUUCUCAGAGCACUCCUCCAGACAGUUCUGAGACCGACGAUGAAUUGCCAUUGUGGACUCUUUAUCAGAACUCAUCACCAAAUCAACCGGAAUCAAGUUCUGAUGAGCCAACCUGCGACCAGCGCUCGCCUACGGACCGUAGGCGCCGUCGUUAUGGACUUCGAGACCGAGCGAGUAUCCGCCCUCCGGUCCGAUACUCUCCUUAG